AUGAAUAAAUCUUCCACCAAUUCCACAUGGACGGUGUUUCCUUUCGAGAUUACAUGGAGCAUGUUCGCCGUCAUUCGUCUGAUUAUCGCCGUUAUUGCCUUUUUCCUGAAUACACAAGUCUUAACGUUCUACGUCAUCCGACCAAAUAUCUGUAUUCGCUCGCCGUUUUCCGGAUACCUCAUCGCACUCUUAAUUUCCAACAUUCUAGAAACCAUACUCUACUUCCCCUUUACCAUUAUUGCGAAUCUGGGUACGCUGAAUAAUCGCUUCUUCCCCGGUGACACCGGUUGUAUUGCCAGUAUCUACGGAACGACACUUAUCCGCAGUUUAUGUCUAUGUUCACACGCGCUGAUCACGAUAAACAGGGUAUGGGCCAUGACUUUUCCUAUCAGCUACAAAGACCACCAUGGCCCGUGGUUUACCUGGGGACUGUGUGCGGGCGUUGUUUUAUGUGUACACGCUCUGGGCAUCCCGGCGAUUCUCACACGAAAAUCGAGCUUACGCCAAAAUUUUGACUGGGCGCAUAAUAGAUAG